AUGCAUCUUGACCUUCAUAGCAACAGCUUCAACGUGGAAGCCGAUAAUUUGGAUUGGCUGCCAAGUCUCUCUUCUUUGAAGUACCUAGAUAUGGGGGGACGAAAUCUCACAGGAGCAAAUUGGCUGCAUGCAGUUAAUAUGCUUCCUUCCCUUCAUGAGUUACAUUUAUCUGAGUGUGAGCUUGAUCACCGCCUACUACCUUCUCUUCCAUUUGUCAAUUUCACAUCUCUUUUUGUACUCGAUUUAUCAAACAACCAAUUUAACUCUUCCAUACCUCAGUGGCUGUUUAAUCUUACGAGCCUCACAAUUCUUGAUCUCAGCUUUAAUUCUUUACAAGGUACCAUUCCAUACAAUUUUGUGAACCUAAGAAAUCUUGAGCACCUUGAUUUGAGUGAAAAUCCAUACAUCACGGGUAAUUUGCCAAGCUUUUUAGGAAAUCUUUGUAAAUUGAAGACUUUAUCUCUUAAAUCGACCAAUAUUGGUGGCAAUAUUGGUGGAUUUUUAGGUCAUUUCUCAACUUGCCUGAACAGUAGCCUUGAGUUCGUAGAUUUGAGUCUUAAUGAGCUGUUAGGAAACAUUCCUGAUUCAUUGGGGAGACUUGAGAGAUUGAAAUAUCUCAAUCUCUAUUACAACCAUUUUGGGAGUUCAAUUCCACCUUCUAUUGGCAACUUGUCAUCCUUGCAGCAGUUGGACCUCUCUUUUAAUGAGAUGAAUGGAACCAUUCCUGAAAGUUUUGGCCAACUCUCAAAACUUGUCAUCUUGGAUCUCAGUGUGAAUUCUUGGAAAGGUGUCAUCACAGAAACCCAAUUGACAAAUCUAUCAAGACUAGAAGAUUUUAUACUAACAACUUAUACCAACCACUCUCUAGUUUUCAAUGUGACUUAUAACUGGGUUCCUCCUUUUAGGCUCAAAACUCUGGAACUAGAAAGCUGUCUCGUUGGCCCCAAAUUUCCUGUAUGGCUUCAAGUUCAAAAUGAGCUCGUGUAUGUCAACCUUAAAAAUGUUAGAAUCGCAGACACUAUACCUGAUGAAUGGUUCUCUAGGAUAUCUUCUCAACUCACUGACUUGGAUCUAUCCAACAAUCAAAUCACAGGGAUGUUGCCACACCAAUUAGUAUAUCCAAAUUUAAAUAUUAUUGAUCUAAGUGAUAAUUGCUUCAAGGGUCCUAUCCCACUUUGGUUUACUAAUGCGACCCAACUAUAUUUAAAAAGCAAUUUUUUUUCAGGCCCUAUCCCAUCAGAUAUUGGUGAUCUAAUGCCAUGCUUGCAAAUUUUAGAUCUGUCGGAGAACCAUCUCAAUGGUAAAAUUCCAUCAUCCAUACAAAAAAUGGUCUAUCUUAAAAUACUUUACCUCAAGAGCAAUCGACUUUCCAGGGAGCUUCCUAAUCAUUGGAGUGAGUUAAAAAGUUUGCAGGUUAUGGAUAUUUCAUAUAACCACCUGCAUGGAAAAAUUCCGAGAUCAAUGGGUUUCUUGAGUUCCCUUUCUAUAUUAGUGCUGAGAAACAACCAUCUUUACGGAGAAAUUCCUUCUACUUUACAAAAAUGUUCUCUUUUGAGCAUUGAUCUUGGUGGGAAUCGUUUUUCAGGGAACCUUCCAUCAUGGAUAGGACCAAAUAUCUUAAUUCUACGUUUACGGUCCAAUCUAUUCAGUGGAAUCAUCCCUCGAGAAUGGUGCAGUCUUUCAUUCCUUCACAUCCUAGAUAUUGCACAAAACAAUCUUUUUGGAGGCAUUCCAUACUACUUAAAUAAUUUGGCUACUUUGGUUUACAGCAACAACACUGAUCUAUACAACUCUUUGGAUCCAGACUUGAUAUAUAUUGAAAAAGCAAUCAUAGUGACAAAAGGAGGAGAGUUGCAAUAUGAUACUACUCUCAAAUAUGAUAACACCAUUGAUCUUUCAGGGAACAAUUUGACAGGAAUAAUUCCUGAUGAAAUAACAAGUCUCAAGGGAUUAGGUACGUUAAACUUGUCAAUGAAUCAUCUAACUGGAAAGAUUCCUGAUAGUAUUGGGAACUUGCGGUGGCUAGAAACGCUAGAUCUCUCAAACAACAAUAUUUCUGGACCUAUUCCUGAAAGCUUGUCUUCUUUGACCUCCUUGGCACAUUUGAACUUGUCUUUCAACAACUUGGCUGGAAGAAUCCCGUCUGGCAAUCAGCUCCAAACACUAAAUGAUGCAUCCAUCUAUGAGGGCAACCCUUCGUUGUGUGGCACUCCUCUUCUAACCAAGUGCCAUGGAGAUGAAACAUCUGAUGAGCCAAAUUUUAGUCGUGGCAAUUCUGAAGACAAGCAUGGUGGAGAUGAUUUUGAAAGGCUAUGGUUCUAUGUUUGCGUUGGAUUUGGGUUUGUUGUAGGCUUCUGGAGUGUUUGUGGCACCUUGCUGGUGAAGAAGUCAUGGAGGCAUUGGUAUUUUCGUUUUUGUGAUGAUAUCAAAGAUAGGAUAGCACUAAUAAUUGCUUUGAAAGUGGUUCGUUGGAAAAGGAAAUUGGGGCUUGAAAAAAAUUGA